AUGGACGCCCUGGAGUCGUUUUACACUGCGCAAAGCCUGGUCAACGCCUUCUCGCUCAUCGGGUUUGUUCUGGUCAACAUUCCAUUGUACUGGCAUCUAGAAGCGUGGAACGUCGGAUGCGUGUUGUUCAUCUUCUGGUCUGGUACCCAAUGUCUGUUCCAAUUCAUAAACACUACAAUCUGGAGGGACAACGUGAUUAACUGGGCGCCGGUUUGGUGUGACAUCACAUCGAGGUGGAUGUUGGCUGCGAGUAUCGGUGUCAUCACUGCGUCUCUCAUAAUCAACAGACGAUUGUAUUAUAUUGCGAUCAUCGUACAGAUAUAUUCGACACCCGAGGAAAAACGUCGUAUGAUUUUGAUCGACUUAUUCAUCGGUUUGGGGCUUCCGAUCCUCCAAGUCAUAUUGUACUAUUUUAUUCAGGGCCAUCGGUUCGACAUCAUUGAAGGGUUCGGCUGUAUGUUCGUCAUCCCAAACACCAACAUCUCUUGGUUCCUAUUCGACAUCUGGCCUAUUGUCAUCGGUUUGGUGUCGGCUGUCUACUGCACUCUGACGAUACGCGCUUUCCUGAAACAGCGCAAGAAACUCAAUGAGGUCAUCUCUGCAAGUGGAAACUUCAGCCGGUACUUCCGUCUUAUGGCCCUCGCCGCGGUGGAAUUGUGCUCUACAGUGCCCCUCGCAACAUACACCCUUAUAGUCACUGUGCAAGAACCCGUCUACGAUUGGGACGGAUCUUUGGCCAACCUGCACUACGAUUUCUCCUCAGUGGGCCAGAUCCCAGCCAUUAGUCUCUUGACGGAGGACCCCGCAGCCGUGAGGUCGUUGGCAUUUGAUAGUUGGACAUUCAUUGGCUGCGCGCUGGUGUUCUUUGCGUUCUUCGGAUUCGCUCAAGAAGCGCGUAGCCAUUACCAUAAGGCAUUCAAGGUAAUUGCAAGACAGCUUGGCAUUCCGACGGACUUGCUGGAGCGCGUCCUGUCGAAGUCUUCUAUUCCUUCGAGGAUGUCCGGUGGUGCCUCCGGUGCUGCUGUCACAAUUCCGGAUUUCUUGCAACAUCCCAAUCCCAACGCGGACGCCGCUUCGAUAGCGCGGAGUUCUCUGUCCAUUUCUAUCAGUGCUUAUGAAACCAAUGCCAAUUUUAGAGCAACAUAUCCUCCCUCAACAUACUCUACUGGAUUGAAUACCUACGUCUCACACAUUGAUGAGAAAACCGCACAAAUACUCGAAAGAUGUGAUUCGCCGCUCCCAGAAUUACCCUCACAGGAACAGGAGCUUGUCGACCGUAACCAUCGAAUAUCAAUGGAUCGGCCUCUCCCUGAUGUGCCUGCCUCUGUGCGCCACUCUGUCGACAUCGUCUGA